AUGGCGUGGACACGCAACGUACCGGAUGAUACCCCAACGGACGGCCCCGUGCUCGUAGCCGUCGCGAGCGCUCUAACCGGUCUGUCCUUGUGCUUCAUAUUUCUUCGAGGUUACGUUCGGGGAAUACUGCUUCACGCCGUCGGAAUUGACGACUGGGCCAUAUGUAUCACUUGGUCUCGGCCAUACGUAUGGGACCUCCCAACCGAAUUCCGGCGCGUAGUAGACGCUAAUGUCGACUUCUCAGAGACAACAUGGGGCUUAGGACUAAAGAAUAUAGACGACAUACCGGACCAGAAUGUGUACAUGUUCGGAUUGAUCGCGAUGCAAUGGGACACGACGGUCACGGAUGGAAAAUGCAUUGAUAGGAUUUCGUUCUAUCUGGCCAUGGCGUCGUUGACGAUUGUCCUCGACUUCUGUGUCAUGUUUCUCCCGUUCCCCGUCCUCACCAAAUCCAAGAUCCAGACGCGCUCGAAGGUGGUGCUGCUGGGCCUCUUUGCCCUCGGGCUCUUCGUCACCGCCACCCAGGUCGUCCGCAUCCAGUUCAUUAGGGACCUUAGCAACCGGCUCAACUCGGCGUCGCUGAUCCAAUGGUCUACAGUCGAGAUCAACCUCGGCAUAGUCGUGGCCUGCGUGCCGGCGCUCCAGCCCAUCCUCAAGAAGUUCCGCGGGAGGGCGAGCCAGGGGUCCUCGCCGUCGGAAUCGUGGAGGGUCUCUGGGGCCCAAAGCGCGUCGAGAAGGUCAUGGGGGAUUGCUGCGACGCGCGGACCCCCUAACAAUCACGACGAUGACGUUGACCAUCUGUUCAAUCGUGCAGCGACGACAGAGAGCCAGGACUCGAUGCGGACCUUGAGGGAGAUGGAACCCGAUAUUACCAAGCAGGUCCCCCUCAUCCAGCCGGCAAGGCUCUCACACGCGUCGGGGUCGGCGGCCCAGAUGAGAGGUUGGCGAGAUGUUAACGGCAUCUGAGAAUUGGAUGAUGGAGAUGAGAGGUUGAUUUGGAUAAAUUACCUAUCUCCACGGCAGGUAUCUUGAUACGCGCCUCUGUAUGCUUAUAUCGUAUGUAUACCUAUGUAUGUACUCAGUAUGCGCGUUUUGGCUAGUCUCGCUUCCUGUGAUCCCA